AUGCCACCCUCCCUGGCCCAGAGGCUGCCGGCCGGUUCUUUCGGCCGACCGGCCCGCCCUCUUUUGGCGGGUCCCCGCCGCGUCCAGCGCCCCCAGUGGCCCAACGGCGCCAAGGCGCCCCCAGCCCUCCUGCUCACCCAGGGGCCAGGAGGGGGGCGGAAGGGCCGGGCGCCCCAAACUUUGCCCGCCCACGCCGCGCAGGCUUCCUCUAUGGAGUUGCGCCGGGCGCUCCUCUGCUGCUGGUGCCUGGCGCUCCCCUGCAGCCUUUUGCUGCUGCUCCCCGCGCCGGGCCGGGGCCACCCGCAGCCCUGCCACAUCCUGGCGCGGAUCGGGCACACGGUGAAGCUGGGCGCCUUGCUGCCCCGCGGAGGAGGCGCGCAGAGCCGGGUGCGCAACGCCCUGGCUCGAGCCAGCCGUGCCGCCGCCGCCUUCCUGCCGUACAACCUCAGCCUGGAGGUGUUGCCCGGGGCUCCCCUCUAUCGGGACCCGGCCUCGCUGGCCCGCUGGCUGUGCCAGGCGCUGGUGGUGCGAGGGGUCGCCGCCGUCCUCGCCUUUCCCGCCUCGCGGCGGGAGCUGCUCCAAGUGGAUUUCGCCGCCGCCUUUCUGGACAUCCCCUUCAUCAGCAUCAGGCAGGAGCCGGAGGGUCAGGACCAGGAGGGCGACCCGGGCGACGAUGUCGACGAGCCCCCGAUGCCCUUCAGGACCUGGAACCCCUUCCAUCUCCACAUGGACCAAUGCGGUGACUUCGAGACUCUCCUGGACUUGCUGGUCACCAUUUUCCAUGCCAACCAUUGGCAGGACGUCACCCUGGUUCUGUGCCAAGCCUGGGAUGCCUCUGCCUUUGUCGACCUCUGGACCAGCCACGCCCGCCUGGAGAAGACGGUGGUGAUCGACCUGAGCUUCCUGGAGGAGAGAGAAGCUGCUCGCCAUCUUCGGCGGCACAUGGAGGAAUACCGCGAAUUGCCUGGCCCGGCUUUGCUUUUCGGGUGCAAUGCUCCCUUCUCCCAGCUCAUCUUCCGGAUGGCGAAGGAAUUGGGGGUCACUCAGCAGUUCCACUGGGUUUGGGGGCAACCCCAGAAUGUGGAUGAGCUCCAGACGGAGGGGCUGCCGUUAGGUCUUCUGGCCUUUGGGGAGGUGGACAGGCCCUCCCUGGAACACUUCAUCCAGGAUGCCAUCGUCCUGGUGUCCCGUGCCAUUUCCCGGGCUGUCUACAUUCGGCCUGACCUUGCCCUCAUCCAGAGCAUGGUGAAUUGCAACGACAAACACGCUGUGGACUCUGAAUCCUCUGGACUCUACCUUUCCCAGUUUUUAGCCAACACAUCUUUUCAUGGCCAGACAGGCGAGGUCUUUGUGCACAACACGUCUCACAUCCACACGGACUGUCAGUACAAAAUCUGGAGCCUGCUGAGGGAUUCGGUGGGCCAGCCCACAUGGGUGACGGUGGGGAGCUGGAAGGGGGGUGAAAUGGAAGCCGAGGAGGGCAGCUGGCCGCAGCACCUGCAGCGCAAGAACCAGGCCGAGGGCGAGGGCUUCUCGCGCAUGAAGCUGCGGGUGGUGACCUUGGUGGAGCACCCCUUUGUCUUCAUCCGGGAGGUAGACAAAGAGGGCAACUGUCCAGCGGGGCAACUCUGCCUGGAUCCUCACACCAACGACUCCUCUGUGCUCAAUGCCCUCUUCGAGGAGCUGAAUUCGGAGAAUGGCUCGGUGCCCAUGGAGUACCGGAAAUGCUGCUACGGCUACUGCAUCGACCUCUUGGAGAAGCUGGCCGAAGACAUGCCCUUUGACUUCGACCUCUACAUCGUGGGAGACGGAAAAUACGGGGCGUGGAAGAACGGCCGCUGGACAGGGCUGGUAGGAGACCUCCUGAGUGGCACGGCCCACAUGGCCGUGACAUCCUUCAGCAUCAAUUCAGCCCGGAGUCAAGUGAUCGACUUCACCAGCCCUUUCUUCUCCACCAGCUUGGGCAUCCUGGUGAGGAUCUGGGACACGGCAUCGCCCAUCGGGGCCUUCAUGUGGCCAUUACACUGGUCCAUGUGGGUGGGCAUCUUCGUGGCUCUCCACAUGACGGCCCUCUUCCUCACCUUGUACGAGUGGAAGAGCCCCUACGGCAUGACGCCCCACGGCCGCAACCGUAUGAAGAUCUUCUCCUACUCGUCAGCCCUGAACCUCUGCUACGCCAUCCUUUUUGGCCGCACUGUCUCCAGCAAGACGCCCAAGUGCUGGACGGGCCGUUUCCUCAUGAACCUCUGGGCCAUCUUCUGCCUCUUGGUCCUUUCCAGCUACACAGCCAACUUGGCCGCCGUGAUGGUGGGCGAGAAAACUUUUGAGGAGCUCUCUGGGAUUCACGAUCCCAAGCUCCACCAUCCAUCCCAGGGUUUUCGUUUUGGCACCGUCUGGGAGAGCAGCGCAGAGGAAUAUAUCAAGAAGAGUUUCCCCGACAUGCACGAGUACAUGAGGCGGCACAGUGUCCCCACCACCCCUGAGGGGGUCACAAUGCUCAAAUGCAACCUUCAAACGCCUCCAGAUGAGCCCCAGCCGCCCCCCAACGAGGAGGGCUGGAACAACCUCCGUUGCACCACGAUAAAGAAGGAAGAGAAACGGGUGCACUUCAACAUUGAUAACGCCCCGGAGGAGGCCUCCGAAGACGAGAGAGCAGGGCCUGUUUGGCACUGCAUGAACGGCCAGGAUCCCCAGCAGGACAGCAAGGAAGCCAAGGAGAAGGAACUGAAGGAGCUAGAGAGCAAAAUUGAAGAUAUGCGAGAGCAGCUGAGGGUCGCCCUGGUGCGGAAGAGUGAGCUCAUGGUGGCCCUUGGACCGCCCCCCAAAGCUCCUCGGCUGCCCCCUGCGCUGAAGGCACUGAUCAGGGAGAGCAAUGAGGACAGGUGA